GGUUAGGGUUGGCUUUUAACCGUCAUGGGUAAUGUGCGGCAAUCCACACUGGAGGCACUGACCCGUUUACGAUGCUCAAUAUUCCAAACGACGUACAAUCCUACACGCAUCCGGACUGGUGCCAAAUACCUCCGUGCCCGUCUUCGCGGUCCUUCCAUGGUCAAAUAUUAUCCGCCUGCCCUUAACAUCUCUGCGAUUGCCCGUCAAUACCCAGCGUUGGGGAUCGUGGAUGAGAAAGAACAGCAGAGGUUCCAAGAUAUUAUUGAUAGGAAGAAGAGAGGGAAGGGCGCGCCGAAAAAGCUGAAAAAGAAUGAGGACGGCAAAAGGGCCCAGAAAAAACGGUAGAUGUAUGUCUAGUUGGGGAUUGUUAUGACUGCUUUGUGGCCUAUCCUCCACUCAUCAUGGUCGCAAAUUGCAUGUAUCGUUUACCUAUGAGAGCUACAUGCUCCCAAUGAAAAGGAGACCCCCAUCUCCCCUCUCAAUAUCCUCAUCGUUUGCCUUUUCAGUUCAAACUGCCAUUUUUUUCUUCCUGAUCUCAGGGACCUGUUCAACGUACACACAGUUCUCACCGCAUAUGCCAAGAUAUGCGCCCUCUGACCUGAAUAACCAUCUCGUAUUCGUAACUC